AUGGCGAGGAAAACGUGUACUCCCUUCUGUGACAACAAAAAGACAUGCCCAAAGCACCAUGAUCUUCUUUUGACCUUGAUAAAUUGCUCCGAUAGGAAGAAUCAGGAAGCGAACGCUUGUUUUGAAGAAUAUCAAAGCACCGUUAAAGCGUACCUGAAGAAAGGCUGGAACGUCAAUGAUGCAAUUCCUGAUCCUGUGCGAAACUACCGAUUUCCACUCCUACAUUGGGCGGGAGUGAUGGGAAAGACGAGAGCUUUGGAAUGGAUGAUCAAUUUCGGUAGGUAAUCGAUUUCGUUUUGCUGACACUGUAGCUAAACCAAAACUUGGUUAAAGCAAUCGAAUCUAAUAGAUCAGAAUAGAUCGGCGAUCGUGCAGGCCUUCCCUUGGCCUGUUCCUAUCUUUAUUUACACCGAAUGCUGUUAGCGCGAGGGCACGCUAUCUAGUUAGAAGAAAAACGUCCUCUAAACACGUCUGACUUGGAAGGCGUCGAAAAGAGGAACCGUUGUUUGACAAUUUUGAUGUUCGUUUAUAUUAUAGAAAGACCAACUGCAUUAACAUAUUUGUUGUUUACGUUGAUAGUUGCUGGGUAUGCAGAAAAUCCCCUCACACUGGUCCGCACCAGGUAAUAGGGAGGCCCCAUUAGGGGGGGUCUUAAUAUCCCGUAUCCCUGUAAUUUUUUGACCAAAUAUCCCGUAUCCCAUAAAUUCCGGUCACAAAUAUCCCGGAAAUUAAAGUAUCGGCCAUUUUUCAUAUGUUACUUGCUACGACAUAUUUUAUAAUAUUCGUUCACUGGCAGUAAAUCGUAAACUGGAAAAGUAUGGUUUUCAAGGAGCUUAUUGUGACAGUUGUUUAAGCUGCUGUCAGUCAAAAUAUGGUAGAUAUCAAGUGGAAAGUAAACAAAUGUUGCCACCAAAAUCACUUUUGUAUACCAAUUAAUAUAAUUAGCUUACCUGAUGCCCUUAAUUUCUACAAAUCGCCUGAUACCAAAGUCCUUUAUUAGUUAGUGGCCGUCCCGGUGGGGGGGGGGGGGUACUCCCAUACAUUACCUAUACGGGUAUGUGCCGCCCAACGGGGUUGUGAUCAGGUGGCGCUGCCUCGAUCGAGUGCUGGCGCGCUAUUUUAAGUACUUCAUGUCACCCCCACAUAGUGCCCAUGAUGAACCGAUGACUGGUCAAACGGUUUGUUUUACACUUAUAUAUUUUUCAUUUAUAUCUAGUCAUCAACAAAAAUACAGAAAAGGGCAUGUAUUUAGUAAUCCAAGAACGUUUCUCAUCAAACAUCUGAUAUGUUACAAUUUUUUGGGAAUACCCAGUAUCCCUGAAACUACUUCUCAAUAUCCUGUAUCCCAAUAACUUUUUCCUCAAAUAUCCCGUAUCCCAGUAAUUUUUUCCGCGAAUAUCCCGUAUCCCGAAAACCCCUAAUGGGGCCUCAAUAGGCAUAUAAUGAAAAUGCGGGCAGAUCUAAACACCAGCUUAACCAAUGGGAGAGUAGCAAAUUGAGCACUGGAAGUUAAGUCUUUUCCUUUGACUGUUGCAUCCUCAUUCAACAUUAUGUUGACCUUGCUAGAUCUGUUUAAUAAGGCAUGACAACAGAUAUACAUCUGUCGAAAUUUGCUAAAACGUGCCCACAAGGUUUUUGCUUGAGAAUGGGUGUAGACCAUGUUCAAACGAGGGUAGCUGAAAAAAAUGGAGGGGCUUGCCAUCGUGCCAGGUGCUGGAAGAUAGUUCAGGCCCAGACAUAACUGUAGGUGGGUGGGCAGCAACUCUGUGUCAAACGUCGGGGUAGUUGUGCUUGGCUGUCAAGACACCAAAGGUUGGGACACACUAGGCAACAUGUUGCUGUAACACAUAGGAGCAACAAAUAACUCCUUGUGUUCAGGUCAGGCGACAAGUUGUGUGACACAUUGCAGUGAAAAAAUGCUUUGUGUGUACUGGAAAAUUUUUGUGAAGAUCUUUGUCUCCACAACAGAAUUUUGUCACAACAAGAAGUUGCACUAAUUCAAUCUGAUUUGAUUUUGUGCAACUUGUUGUGGCAACAAAAUCCUGAUGCAGAGAUAAAGAUUUUUACAAAAAUUCUCCUGUACACAACAUAAGCUUAUCACUCUUUGUUUGUGUGGCCAUUGUUGUCACUGAAAUAUGAGCAGCGAUCUUUUGUACUCAAUAGAGGAAGUACAGAUAAACAUUACAGCAGCUACGAUUUUCUACAAAAUACAGGUUUGAACCUUAAUGUUCCAGCAAAGUUUAAAAAAUUUUAACUUAGUCGUUUGUCAUGUUUUUUUGCUGUCCUGAGUUGUUAAAUCCUCACUUUGUGAGAUGAUUAUUUGACCAGCUGUGUAGAUAUAAUGAAAGAGACAAGGCAGGCAACAAUCACAGGUCACCUAGAAUCCACUUCAAGCUGGAACUGAUGCCAAACCAUUGAAUUUCUCAGCUCAAAAACAUGAUAUAUGUCUUCAUGCCUGUGCCAAAGCUCACCUCAAUCAUUUUAAAAUUAACCAUGAAAAGUGAUACUGAAGUUGUCAGAGCAGCUUUUUGAAUAUGAUAGCACAGGCAUCCCAAGCUCUUGUUACGAGUAUGUUAUGUAAAUUUACUAUUUCACAAGAGAGUCGGUGUUGCAUUACAAGGAACUGUUGAGACUUUGUAUGAGAAAUAAAAUACUGAAGUUUGCAAAUGCUGAAUAUAAUUAUUUCUACUUUUUUCCUAUACAAUAAAUAAAGGAGACGUACCUCCUAUAUAUUCCUGUGUUUUUUGGUGUGAAUUCAUCAAUUUAAUUGGUUUUUUUUGGCUGUUACUGUGUGACUCCAUGUCACUCUCUUCAUCAUACGAAGUAAAGGCAGCACAGAAACACAGCCGGCGGUCCAGACCUUAUCUACUCGAAGGCGGUUUGCGGCCCGAAAACCCAUCAAACCGCAGAUUUUUUCAACAAGAAGCAAACUUCUAUCAUCGCUACACUGUAGUAAAUGUUUAAAGGCAAAAUAGACCCACGUAUGUUGCUGGAAAUGAGUAUUUUCUCGUGCCGUGUCCAAAAUACAUUCUUUCUCCAGAUGCUGUGAUUUUGAGAGUGGACACGGCGUUGGUCCGAGGUCAAAUUUCCCUCGAUCAAGUUAUAAUAUGUUUUGAAGAAACCAUUUACUACUACUCACUGGCUUUUUGCAACGGCAAUUUAGACAUCAAGCGGGUUAAAAACAAUGGAAUAUAAUACAUUCAAAGCACGUGGUUAAAAAUUUGUUUGACAGUAAUAAGUAUUUUGCAAAAAGGGAUUUCCCACAAGAAAUAUUCAUGGCACGUGCUCUGGUGAAAAACAAAGUCGGGAAAAUGUGUCUGUUCUUACCAAAAUCAUCCAGGCUUUGUGAAUUAAAAAAAAAUUAUAACAGUUUCAAUCUUUCAUCAUAAACUGUACAUUACUCAAACAUUAAAGCAAAGCUGGAAACUGCAUUAUUGUAGUGAUUUGAGUUUUUUUAGUAGCUUCCAUUGAGAUCAGAAAGAGAUUUUGUGCCAGACAGAGUACUGCACUAAAUGGGCUUACAUGUGUCUAACAUAAAUUAGCUCUACUCAAAAGAAAAAGUACAGCCUUACUUUUAUUAAUUUUUUAAUCAUUGAAUAGAGUUUACAAUGAUGUGCCAGGUAGACAAUGUUUUGAGAAAUUUAAAUAAAGGCUCUUUUUGCUGCAGGAGAUCCAUUUGCUGCAGAAAAAGUGGAUCUUGUGUAAUUUGUGCAUCCCUUGAUCAAACAUUGGUUGACACUAUCGGCCGAUAUGUCGAUCAACAUGUUGGCCGAGUAUUGGUUGACUCUCGAUCGCUGUAUUGGUUGACAUGUUCAUCGAUAUGUCAGUCUACACUUGACCAUAUGGUGAAUGGUGUAUCAGCUGACACUUGACUGUGUGUUAGUGGACGUGUCGGCCAAUAUGGGAUGGGAAGAAUAUUGGUAGACUGUUGGUGGAAUAUCGGUUGACUAUCGGUGGCAUAUUGGUCGACUGUUGUAUAAUAUGAUAUGUGUUUUAAAAUGAGAAUGUGGGAACUGGGUUUCAGUGUUAUGUGCAAGAUAUUGUGGUUUGGGGGUUUGAAAAUAGUUUUUGUUCUGUUGUUUGUGCCAUCCCAUGUCAGCCUUGCCGGGUCAACUUGUUGGAUUUCUGCCAUUGUUCUAUGCAUGUCAAAUGUUAGAUUGUCCUUGAAUACGUCUCAAAGGUGAUGAUGCCAUAGCGGUCCCAAUUUUUUCCAAAAAAAUCUCGCACACACUUGAAAUUAUACUCUCACAUUAGGCUGGUAAAAGCUGCCAAAACCCCUUAAAGAUUCCUGCAUGGACAAUGUAACAACAGAAAUUUGAGUAGACAAAAAAUAUACCGUCGACUAAGUAUCAGUGAAGUAUUGGCCGAAUUUCGGUAGCCUAUUGAUCGAUAUGUCGCCGACUGUUGCUCAACCUACUGGCAAAGCUGAUCUGUCACUCAACAUAUUGGCCGACAUGUUCAUCGAGUAUCAGCCAAUAGUACAGCUAGUGUUGACCGAUACUCAAUCAAAGGGGUGUGCAAAUUACACAAGAUCCGAAAAAGCUACUGAAACCAAUUCUGUGGAAUGAAACUGUUUCAGAAAUUGACUUCAGCAGCUUGACUAGCAUACCUGAGGAUCAACUUGGAACACCCAAUAUGCAAAACACGCAAAAAAUGAAGAACCAUUUUAAAACUUUAGGUCACCAAAAGGCGACUUUGAUAAAAAAUUGAGCUUGGAGCCCUGUACAAAUAUUUCAAUAAUGACAACAGCCUCAUGAACAGACGGUGGUCUGCCUGUGGUACACACGAGGGGAUUUGUCAUCACAUGUUGCUGCAACUUCUUGCCUAGUAUGUUCCAGCCUUAAGGGUGCCUCACCUUUUAUCAAAUCCAGUCAGAUAUACAUGUACACACCACCGGUGUGCAUAAAUCUUAUCUUCACAUGUUCUCAGUCCUUGCAAGUGAGAACAGGUGUUGUUUUUAUAAAGUUAAAUAUAUCUAACACAGUUAACAAUGAGUGGCGCAGUCAGCCUUGCUUGCAUCACCUCCAUGUGCUCAGUACAGCGUUUUCCUGGUGGCCACUCUCUUCGUUUAGCCUAUGGAAUAUUGUUUUACCCCCAUCCGUCCCUCCCCCACUUUAUUUUUCCACUGCUAAAUCAGUGUGACAGGUGCCUGGUUCCAUUGGUGUGGGGGCUCAUGGCUGGACAGCAUGGGUUUGCCAGCCAUGGAGGCGUAACUCUGUCUAGGGGCUGGCUGUGCUCAAAAUUGAAGCCCCUGGACAUCCCGGACACUCACCUCCACUGAGUGAUGCAGUUGUUUAAUAAUAUAUUUUAUACUUGAAUAUUCUGCAGAGACACUGCAGUUUCUUAUUUAGGAUGGGAGACUAUUAAAGAGCUUGGCUCCACUAUUAUUUAAUGUGCUUGUAACCAGUGGUAGACAAUGAUCUCAGAGAUCUUGUGGGUUUAUAAAUAUUCCUCUUGCCUUAGAAAUCAACAACAGCCCUUGUAGGGUAGGGCUUUAUUCCAUAGACAUCCUUCAGUCUCGAAAGACUAUGGUGUCAUGCACUGAUUGGUGGUUCUUGAACAGCACCUUGUGUGGUUGGAAAGACCAAUUCGGGAAUUACAGUCCCUUCCUCACAGUUAGCAGAUGUGGUCACUUGCUGGUCUAUCUCCCUGACUUCAGACCUUGUUUGUUGUCCUCAGACUUCCUCAUUUGUCCCUUUGUCUGUGCCUGUUUGGCAAAUGUUGCUGUAAGAAGUUUUGCGAGAGGUUUGAACCCAGGAAUCAUUUCAAAAGUAGGCUGAGUUUGAUCGUCCAGGUGAACGUAGUCCUGAAUAGGACUGUUGUCGUUGACAGUGACUGACAUUUCGUCGACCUGUGCGGUAGUCAUCUUCAGAGUCAAAGUGAGUUGAACACCAUUUACAGACGAAACAUCAAAUCGACUGGGACUCUGUGACAUGUAUUAUGUAUUCUACAGACUACUAUCAACAACUUACUUUAGAAAGCCAGUUUACUAACUUAGAACAAAUGCCACACUGAAUCGUAGCCAACAAUUACAGGCACCAAACAAACGACUUAUUGACGCCGAUCAAGCAAAACUAACUAUGACAGAGCGACUGGAGAUCUGACAAUUUGACUAACAAUAGACAGCUGUCUAACUGUGACAGUAGACUGAUCGAAACGCACCAAUUACAUUAUCAGUCUUCAUGGCCAAUAACAUCACAGCUUAACUGACAGAUGACCAAUAACAUUGUGACGUAAUUGACCAAUGAGAUCAAUAACCAGAGUAUAGUGCCAUCAACUGAUGUGAUACAACUCACUUUUACUCUGAAGAUGACUACCGCACAGGUUGUCGAAAUGAUGGUCACUGUCAACAACAACAGUUCUAUUCAGAACUAGGUUCACCCAGACAAUCAAAUUCAACCUACUUCUUGAAACGACUCCUGGGUUCAAACCUUUCACAAAACUUCUUAAAGCAACAUUUGGCGAAACAAAGUGAAGGCAGGAAACAGUCUAACCUUUAGUCAAAUCCAUUAUUUUGUUGCUUUGGCCUACCUGAGAUACAAACUUUUCAUGAACCAAUUUGAAACUCAAUUCAUUAUGGGAAAGAACACGAGCAGAAAAUAACCAUUGCAAGAAGCAAGUGUGCCACAAUAGGAAAUAGUGAUGUUUGCUACAGCUCUAAUUUUUUAUGAUCCGCUCUGGUCAUAGGCCUUUUAAGGAAUAAGAAAUUGAACUUGAACAUGACACAAGCAAAUUAAUUUUUACUAUGUAGUUCUUGCUCACCUCAUCCUUAGAUAAAUUACCAAGUGAGGUGGAUUGAAAAGAUGAAAGUAAAUUUGAUCUUCUUGAAUAAAUUGCAUAACCCAGUUAAAAAUCAGUUAAGAUCCAACUAAAUUUGCAUUUUUUAAAAAAGCAGUAUGUUUUGAUUAGUGUAUUGGUCAGGAAUAACUUGGUUAAGUUAUCUGGUGUUGGCACUGUCUUUUUCUACCCGCAACUAGCCAUUAACAGUUACGUUGUAAUCAAUUGCUUUCCAGGUUUUAAUGUGACAGUUCGAACUUCAGGCUCUCAGGAAACCGCCUUGCAUAGAAGUGUUCUUUGUUUGAGUUACUCUGACAGACGACAUUCUAUAGACAAGAUUAAACGACUUGUACACUUGCUGAAGGAUUGUUUACCCCUGCAAGACAAGUCCAUGCAAACGCCUCUUCAUGCAGCUUCAGUUAAACUGAUCACAGACACCGCCAGGAAUGAUUAUUACUCAGAAUUUGUGAUGGCUAUGGUGGCCAAGGCAAUGGAAAUCCCUGAAAAGACUGCUGACAUAUUAAAUGCAAAGGAUCAUCACGGCAACACAGCACUACAUUAUCUUGCACAAAAUGACAACUUUGGCUUUGUUCCUCUUUGCUCCAUCAUCAAUGCUGGUGGUGAUAUAUCAAUUCUGAAUAAAAAGAAAUUGAGGCCUUUAGAUUUGGCCACGAAUAAAGGUUGCACAAGCAUAAUAAAGGCCUUGAACACUCAUGGGAAAACCUCCAACCCUUCUUGUGAUGAUAACAUUGUCUACUCUGCCGACAGCCCCCCAGCAUCACCUGUAAAUCAGAGUAGUGAGAAUCAGCAGCAUGAUGUGUUGAAUAGUACUGAAGUUGAAAGCCAAGCUGACCGCACCAACUUCAACAACACAGACACCCCAUCACUCGAGCAUAAUGAGGGCAACUCUUCUACCAGCGUUUCUGAGGAUGUAUCCCUAGGCGAACCCACUUGUGCCGUGAAUGAAGUCUCAUCAGCCAUUGCAGCCGCUAACCCUGACCCCAGCUCAACUGCUGAUGAUGCAGCUGCAGCUGCUACUGAUGUCAAUAAUGACGUGCCACAAACUGCAUGCCCUGAGGUUUCUUGUGAAACCCAUGAUGAUUCACCAGCCACUCUUGAUGCACUGUCAGUCAAUACAGAUGAGGCAGGACCUUCAUGUGAUGCAAGUGGAAACAACGUGGAAGGGGAUUGUAGAUGCAGUGCUAUAGGUGUGCAGACUCCUCUGUUAAGUCGAUACUCGUGUAUUGUCCACAUCAAACAAGAGCAGCUUUCUCCAGUAAGUAAUAAUUCACAUUCUUCUACAUGUUAUAGCUAUGCAGAACUGCAAAUAACAGUCGGUCGAUGGACCUUGUCCAACUACAAUAUUUUAGGCGCAAUGUCCAACUUAAUCUUUACUGUGGUUGGACAUGAUGUCAUGACAAAAUCAUAAGAUUGCUUUUUUCUGCGACACAAUCUUUAAAACCACCAUCAUCAAUCAAUGUUGCAGUGAGUGCUCAAAAGUAUUUUAUAGUCAAUUCUAUUGAAAAGUUGAUUGAGUGGUACUGUGGUGAUUUUAAAAUCACUACUGCAAUUGACUGAGUUAAGUCCUGCAAUGUGGAUCAAACUCACAUGUGGAUCAUACCCAAUGCUAAGGUAUAUUUGAGUUAUUGACCAAGCAUGAGGUCAAGAUUGCUGGAUAUCAGAAAGAGAACUUUUUUCCGUCGGACCAAUUUAGUGGGAAAUCCCGAUUGGCCAAGAUGGGCCCAUCUUGCCCACUCAGGUAGCCAAUCACAACACAGGACCUUUUCAUUUUGCCCGCUCAUGGAUUCAGCCAUACAUGUACUGCUAUUUCACAAAACGUCAGAAAAAAAGCAAAAAAAGUCUUCAAGCCAAGACUGCAAGGUCAUGUGGGUAGUUCAAGUCUGCCUUUUCUGAGCCAAAAGUUACUCCACUAAGCUAGCCACUGAUUUUUUUAUCAUACUAAACCAUUGAUAGUUAUCACAUAAUAAAAAGCACAGGUACAAGCCCAGUUUCAUCUACAAACACAUGCAAGCGCAUUGCUUUCAAGCUACAAUUGUUUCAGUAGAUCUAGAGGUAGUACCUUCGCUUUGUUCAGCUAAUUUAUUUGUAAGGAAAAACACAUUGUCAAAUUUUGCAACUUGCAUAACUAGGUGGAGAAGGUCUAUGGCAAAGUCAUUAAGGUUAAGAAAAAAUGCAACAAAGAACAAGGCCAAUAUGCAGCCAUCUUGACCGAUCAAGCUUGGACAAUAAAAGGAUUGAUAUUGUUCUUAUUUGGCUUAAUGUAUGAACGACGCAGGAAUUCCCAAGCAGGCAAGGUGGGCCCUUCUUGCCUUGCCUUCUCAGGUAACCCAUCAGAACACAGGAUUCACUUCAUCUUGCCCACUUGCUGAUUCAGCAAUGUAACAAUAUAUACUUUUGUGUACCUGUAAGCAUGCAACCUGAAAACCCUCCUUAUGCAGUAAGAAACUUUUAACUCACAGAAAAGUAGAAAAAAAGUUCUACUUUUAUGUAGCCUGGGCCAGCUGCUGUAUUUUGCUUAGUCUAUGAUCAGACUUGGUGUGUCACACUGGUGACUAUGUUCAUUGUAUCAUUGUAGUACUUCAUUACAGUUUUAUCGCCCUGCUUUAGGCAUAAUGCCUGUCAGUUUAGUACAUUAAUCCCCUUUUAUAGCCUGUUUUCAAAGAGGGAGGAUACUCUGGAUAAUUGUUGAAGUACCUUGUACAAACUGUUCUGUAUUACAUGAACAGAGAUGCUAAUCGCUGGAGAUCUAAAGUCUGGAGAUUGUUUCUUUAGUACCAUCCAACAUCAACCACCUACAAGUUAAUGGAUGUGGCUCAAGACAUUAUACAAUGUCUUACAUCUACAGACCAUCAGUCUAGUAGUCUAGUAGAAUCUAAUUACUGCGAGUCAUUAUUACUCCAAGGAGUAAUAACGGCUCACACUAAUCAGAUGAAACUCUGGCUAGUAUUCUAGAGACAUUGAUGAAAUACAGGAAAAAAUUUGCCAGAAACCAUACUAUGAUGAAAAAAGUGUUCAAUUUGGGGGAAAUGAGCUAAUUACAAAUUAAUUGUGUGAAAGUUAAAAAUUCAAUUUUAUCUGGGAUAUUUGCUGACCAAUUGGGGAGACUAGGAGAUUUGUGCCAUAUUCAGGUGACUCCCUGAUAAUCUGGGAGCCAUGGCUGGUUACAUCGUGUUUCUUCUGUGCCACCAAUAAAUCUGUCUUAUCACACAACUGCUGGUACUAUCAGGCAAACAUUUCCCAUAUGAGAACAGAAGUCAGCAGCGAAAGAUGCUGCCCUCAUCUUAACCACCGGCUUACCUACAUAGUUGACUAGUUCAACUUCACAGGUAUGCCAGAGGUAAAGGGCCUACUUUGUUUCUUGUUGCCACCCGUGUAUUUUUUCAUAUGUAGGGACAGCACCUCAGUCAGUCAGUUGGGUGUAUGAGAAUCAGACCAGCUAAGCCUAUAGCUAGCAGCAUCUGAAAGUGGCUUAUUACUUGCGGCAGAGCAUGUCAUUUCUGUAUCAGUCCCAUAAGUCUUGUUAGAACACACUGCAAACAAACAAUGUCUUGGUUAUUGCCCCUCCAGUCGGAGAUAAGGUCACAGUGAAAUCUCAAUCAGUCUGGCUUGCUUACGUGGUUGACUUGAGUUCAACUUCACAGGCGUGCCAGGGUUAAAUACCUCUGAUGUUUCUUGCUGCCGCCACUGUACAUGUAUGUUCUCAGAUACAGAGACAGCAGUCACAGCAUCCCAGUCAGUAGCCAGAAAGUAGUUUCUGGGCGUAUAACAACUAGGCCCAAGGAGAGCACUGCAAAAUACAGAGUAGUACAAAAUUGCCAUCCUGAGAAGGUGACAGAUAAAGCUAAAUUUAAAUAACACUUCUUUGUGAUGUUUCCCACGAUAAGGCCCAGCAACUGACACCCAAACUCAAGUCUCAGUUAAUAAAAGUCGAGAAGAUUAAUCGCAGACUUUACAACUGAAGGAUACUUUGUUAGAGGAUUACUAUGUCAGCUUUGUUUUCAAACAGCAUUUUCUGUAAUUUUAUAUAAAUUACUGACUACAUGAAAGACUAAAGAACAUCAAGAUGAUAGAGACUACGCCCUUUUGAUGGUGGGGGUAGCCUACGAAGCUAGCGGUUUUUGGUGUUUUUUUUUUCUACAAGGCCUUGAGUGGACAUGCCAGUCGUACCGCAGAUUAGAACUUGGACUUAUGAUUCGAUUUUUGAAUACAUGUAAAAAGGAAACAAAUUGAAAUAUUUGUUUUUACUCUCCCCAUACCGAAUACAGACAGCAUAGCCCAAAAAUGAUUGUUGGACAAAUCAUUUUUUUUAAGACGUACCCUCUACGGUACAUUUAGAUUGGUACAUUUGGCGUUAAAAAGAAGUUGUUUCAUUUUGUGUCAAAUGCUUGUGUUACUUUUUGCGUUAAAAAGUUGUUCAAUUUGACUUAAAAAGCUGCUAUAUUACGAGUCCAACGUAACCAACAUCGCUGUAUUAAAGUUACGCGCGAAGUGUUUUCGUUACCAGGCCUUGAACGUGUAUUUCGGUCAAAAUGGCAGUCACCCACGAGUAAGUAAUGAAUAUUUAUCGGCUAAUUUUGCAGUUCAUCUCUUGAAUAUUUGCAUUUUGAGCGAAGCUUUGUUUCUUUUCAUUAGUGCGUCAGCUAGUUGUGAGUUACAACUUGCACUGAACAAGGACGUGCCCAAAUGUACACAGGAAUCGAAGGGAACCAUAACUAUUUGCUCCAAUGCUACGUGUCCGUACAGCCAGGCUGUUUUUGUGAAAGUAAGGUUAUCUGAGAGUCUUUGACUGUACAUGAUUGGUAUUUCCCUGGAAAAUGUACGAUAUUUAUCUUCUUUUACCUUUCGUUAAUGGAUACUAGAAACCCUUGCCACCCUCGCCUCAGCUGGUUUUGUUUUGAUUUGUCAAUUCCACGUGCAACUUCAUUUCGCGCGUUCGGUAACAUUCAUCAAUCACUUGGACUGCAAUUUGAUGAGUGAUUUAUAAACCCUAAAACAGUUAAAGCACCGAAAGUAUCAUAUUCUUGGACUAUUUUGACUGCAGGACAUAGUGCGAGCCAGGCGAAAGAAAGGAUUAAUACGAACCGAAAGCCAUAAACCGUUGUAAAUGAGUGUUUAACCCCCGGCUUAACCCUAACUUAGCCCUAAUCCGUAAAGCGGGUGCUUUAAUAACCCUAGUCAGUAAAAUGAGCGCUUAACCCUAAUCAGUGAAAGUCGAUCAAUACUGCAUAAUCCUGCAAGUAUUCCAUCAGCAAAACCUCGGAACUAAGCAGGAAACAUUUUUCAUGUAUUCACAAUUUCAUAAAACUCUAGUUAGUCUCGCUUGCAUAAACAACGAGACUCAUAAUCUGCAACGCGUUUUUCGCCCCGGUAGGGGGGGGUGGGGCUAGGGUUCCUUAUAUAGGCUAUGUGGGUAUGUGCGGCGACAAAGGGUAUGUUUCUUUGCAGCUGUUGGUCUGAAAAAGGGUAUCAAUUUCAACCAUUUUGGUCUGAAAUAGGGUAUGGUUUGUGCACUCUAGUCUUGAAUUGGAUAUGUUUUUUAGAAGAAUUAGCUACUUCUUCAUCAUUUGGCGAUAAGACCGUUUCCCUUUUAAUGUUUACGCCAACUACCAUGUACGUGCCGUAACAGCUUGUCAUGCGCUCCAGUCACGCGGCAGGCUCCAGGGCCUCAGGUCUGAAAUAGGGUAUCAAAUUUUUGAUCAGGUCUGAAAUAGGGUAGGGAAAAUCACAGAUUUUGGUCUGAAAUAGGGUAAGGGUUUCAGGAAGCAUGCCACACAUCCCCACCCAAUUUUUCUGGAAGUACUCCCCUGAGCAUUUUUGUCGUUUUUGGGUCAGAAAUGGGGGGUCAUCAUGCCAGGCAUUCCUUGUGGACACCGUGGAAACUGGGACUAAGAAUCGUUGCGUGAUGGAAGCCACGCAUGUUUUGCGAAGAAAGCUUAGGAAAGAUUAAAUUUAGAGCUUUUCGGAAACGUGUCGGUCCAUAAAUUCUGUCGCUUGAAAGCGUUGAUUACUGUGGAGCAAGUGAACACUACUGAGUGGUCGGAAAAAAAUAAGAAUCUGAAAUAGCAAAAUUGCGAUGGUUGGGUGUUGUUAACUUUCACUGUAUGGGAUGAGCAUGUGAUUUAUUUUCGUUGAUGAUUGAAAAGGCGUGCUAUGUAAAUCACUUUUUCGAUAUCUGGCAAUGAUGAUCAAGGCCUUUGAAUUUUCGUGUAUUUAUACAUGUGUAUAGCCUGCGACCGCAGACAUAUUUCCGGUUGUCGCUAACACGUGUACUAAAUCAAUUCAGAAUCUGAAAGAAACAACUAAAAAGUAUCGACAUCGAGAAAGUAGGAAGUAAAAAACAUUUAGCGAGUAAAUCUGUCUCAUUUCUUGUAGAAUUAAUCUCUUCCUCAUUUCUCAAUCUAAUCGUCAAGCAAGCGAGACUGAAGGCCAGUGUAAGCGGCUUCUUGUUUUUCCAGUGGCUCGCUAGCUCGCACAUUGUCCGGACCCACGUUGAUUCAGGCCUUGUGAUAAUUAGGGAGAGGGCCCUAAAAAAAAUUUUUCAGGGCUGCAGGCUUGUUUUGGUAGAAAAACAACAUCGUCCAGGGCACUUCCCACAUCAACCACAGGACAAUUAAAACAACAAAUUGUCAUCUGUUUACUUUUCUGUGCAUCCCUUGUUAGAAUCCUUAUCAUUAGAUCCUAACCCAGUGCUGUCAACUCUCCACGAUGAUCUCUGACUCCAGAGUUUAGACUGUAUCUCCUGGUCUCCAGAUUAAUCCUGGGUAAUCGCCAAAAUUUGCCAUUUCUUGUAGACUCGACUGUCCAACAAUGACGUUUCAAAUAUUUUGCAUUGUGUGAGUUGUUUACUGUUAGCAUCAAACAUUUCCUCAUAAACUCUGGUAUGCCACUGUAAUAAUGUGAUUGGUGGGAAGAAAGGAAAUCAGGUCAAAUGUUGCAGUGCUAACAUCUUUUUCACGCAUUUUGUGUCAUAGCAAAAAUUUGUGACUAUCGGGGUCAACAAGCCUUUUUUUUUGCGCAAAUAAUGUUGUGUACCGGAACCGUGUGUUAUGGUGUCAUCUAUCGUCUGUUUCCUAUCAAUUCUCAAUAUUAGAAGACGUGGGGGGUUGACAGCCCUGCCUUCAUGUGAUCUUCUGGAGAUGGGUAAUGGGGGAGGAUACACUAAUACUAUUACAGUUAGUAAAAGGAUAGAAGGAAGGCUGCAAUGUGAUUAAUGCAGACUUAUCUUGCCAUCCCUCAACAACAACUACAAUUAAUUUUAUCUUAACAUAUAACUUGUAAACGGCACUGGGACUGUUCUCAGGUAUUAGAGAUACAAUAAUUUAAUAGUUUGUGUUAUAACUGAACAUUAAUUUUUGUCUGCAAAUUUGGCAAAUGAAGUUGUAUUUGUGUUCAUACAGUCGCACCUCCACCAUGGCCACACAAUGGCCACUUUCUUGUCUUUAAGGUGGCCGUUGUAGAGAGGUUCAAGUGUAGCUACUGCAUUUCAUCAAUAACACUGCUGUUUUUCUUUUUGCAAAGUGUGAAAGGUGUCAACAGGAAUCAAUGGGGGAGAUAUCCUCCUCAUCAGGUAUUAUUAUUUGCUUUUUUUGGAUCAAAUAUAUAUUGUUGAAUGCUUUGUGGUCCUUAACGAAGUGUGUGCGCCUUCCUUUGGACAUUUGAAUACAGUAACAUCUUUGUCUAUUAAGUGAACUAUCUUCUAUUCAACACCUCUGCAAGAUGGAUCCUUUUUUAACUGCCACAUCCUUGUUCUUCAGUCAUUUCUAUGAGACAAUUUUUUCUCUAUGAUUCUUAUAGCAGUAGACGUUUUAUUGAAAAAAGCCAAUCCCGUCUUGGGGAAAGUUGACCGUUUGUACAUUAAGUAAUUAAAUAGCAAUCCAAAAAAAAAGAACUGAGGUCCAACUAUGCUUGCUGGAAUGUUAGGAGUGUUUUGAUGCAAACCAUCCACCGCUGUUUGUUAUCUGUUGUACAGAAAUGCAAUCCAUUGCUACAACUGAGAUGGCAAACUCUGUCAUUACCCUGCUGCGAGGAGCUGGUUUACUGGACAACUUAACUGAGAUAGCAGAGAAGAGGAGGAUUGAAGAUGAACAUGUUCUUACAGAGAAGCUGGAGAUGGUUAAAGGUAUGUUGAUAUGUCUGACCUACUUGCGGCCCUGUACAUAAUUGAAGGGUUUCCUGCCAUCAGGCAUGUUGUAAGCUUUUAAUAUUAAUCAAUAUGUUGUUUUUGAUGAAAGGAGCUAAUUUUGUGCACUGUGACUUAAAGUAUAGCUUUAUAUUUUAUUUUACUGUUUUUUGCCUUGUUUUUCAAGAAAAAGAAAAAACACAAUGUAAAAAGACUCUGUUUUACAUCAUGAUACCAUUUGAAAAGCUAUUGUGGGUUGUUGAAAUUAAGCAAUAAAGCAUAGUAAGGCAUAUUACGUAUGUUAAAACAAUGGUUAUGGAUGCUAUUUUACAUGAAAUUUGCCUUUAUUGUUAUCCUCCACGAUUGACAAAGACACUACAACGUAAGCAGGAUAGUUCUUGUUUCUUAUAGGGGGUGUUGACCAAUGUAUCAGUCGAGUGUUGGUCAACAUAUCGAUUGAUUUGUCAUUAGAGUGUCAGGCUAGUGUUGGUCCUGUACCGGCAAUUGUCAGUUGAGUAUCAGUCGAAGAUUAACUGAUCAUCAGUCAUUCAUCAGUCAACAGUUGGUCGCGAUAGUUCCGGUACUGUGUCGGCAAUGCAUCAGAACCUGUCGGUUGAGUAUAGGUAAUGUAUCAGUGGCGCAUCGUGAGUGCUGAGACAAAAAUUAUAUCUUCAUGUAAGCAAUGCAUUGCAAAAAAGCAAUUACAGUUUUGUGGCGUGAAAUUGAACCAAAUUUGGCAAGGAAAAGCCGACUAUCCACCUUUCUGGCUCAGGCCAACCUCAUCCCCAGGGUCUUCUUGUUUUCCAAUAUGGCAGCAGCAGGAGAGAAGACCCUGACAUAUAGCAACCUAAGACGAUUGCCGAUUGGUGCGUUCCAUAUGUGGACAUUGAUUGGGUUACAUCUCCAAAAACAAAGGUGGUGACUCGCGGUGGGUUCUUCACCGGUGAAUAGUCAAAAAAUGGAAUGCAGGAUGUAUUUUGUUUACUUUCAUACAUUGUCCUAUAAAUUCAAAGUGCCAAGGAACUCCCACAGAGUUUGGGCUGCCUGUGAAAUAAUCAGGAAAAAUUGAUAGUUCAUUCUGAUUCUUCUUAAAUCUUUUUUUUCUGGUGGCCAACUUGAUUAUCUCAUCAACUGAUCAUAGCUUUUACAGGUUUGAAAAGAAUGCUGUAUGGUUUUCCUUUUUUUUUGCAUAGAAACAAACAAUGAGCUAGAAAGCAGCAUCCAUGAAAUAGAAGAAAAGGAAUCGAUGAUAGAAAAAUUGUCUGCAGAGCUUGAAGAAUUAAAGAAAGAAGUUCAAACAAAAGCUGAUGAACGGGAGAGGUUGCUCCGCAAGCGAAAAAGUCUUAACGAGGAGUGUAAUUCUCUUCAAAAGAAGCUUCAUUAUUGUGAUAGUCUCUUAAAGUUUGUCCCUAAAGAAAAUUUGGACAGUUAA